UGAAGGCUAAUAUUAAGGGGUAUGUCUUUGCAAACUUUCACACUACAAUGGUUCUAAACGAAAUAAAAUCUUGCACUGUGAGGCCUUCAGCGAAGCUGCAGUGAGCGUAGGUUCGGGAAAGAGGAAGAGAAAUACAGUUAUGACGGACGGUCUCAACCCCACAAAUCCAAACUCGAUCGGAGCGUUAAUUGCCGAAGAAUGGACCAUCAAUCCAUUUUCGCCAUUACCCUCGUUCUUGGAAAUGAUAAUGAUGGAAGAGGCAUCACGGGCGACGCGGCAAGCAUUUCUUGCAGGUAGUAAGUUCGCACAAAACGCGCUUUUGGCUCGUACCACCAUGGGCGAUGAUUUGCCUACAUCGACAGCAGAGACCAACAACCACUUAGAUACACACUUUUCAAUUCUUACAUCCACACUGCACAAGUGGAAGAACCAAAUCAUGCUAGCUGCUGGCUCUCUUCUUCAAAAUUAUGGUGCAGAGAUCAGAUGUAUAGCAAUUUAUCUUUUGGAAAGACGUUCACUUCACUACUUUUCCGCGACGAUGGCAGAGUCUAUGUACGGGGCCCGUCGUGUCAAGCUAGAGAAGGCCGACAGAUCAGGAAGUCGUAAGCUUAGCGACCUUUCGAGUGUGGACAAAACGAGAUUGGCAUUGCUUUUGUCUUUGGGUCCAUACCUCUCUGAAAAAUUGGAUUCACUGCAUAGCGAAUACAGGGAUCCACGGGAACGUCACCGCCUUCCAAGUACACCACUAGCAGCGAUCUGGAAUUCGUAUCCGUACGCCCGACGCUUGUUUGACUAUUCUAACGCGCUCGUACAGUGGAGAUUUCUUUUGGGACAGUCUGUGAUCUUCGACCCAGCUUCAUUUCUAUUAGAGCAAGUAGUGCGGCGGGUUACGAAGGAAGAUACAGAUAGCAACUCAACAAAACCUUCCAAAGAGAAAGAUAUUCCUGCAAUUGCAUUCCCACCAGCAAGUUUUGCAUCGCCAAUGUUAUCGAAAUACCUUCAUUCCCCCAGUAAAAGCCAGAUUGGCUAUUUCUUAGCAGCGUCCGUCGCCUUCAGCUGGCUCACGCAAUUACGCCGCGACGUAGACACAUAUCAGCAUGAGAGUCGCUCACAGCGACGAGCUUAUGAGACGGUCGGCAGUCAUAGUGGUACAGGCUUUAUUCCACCGCCACCAAUGCCGACCUCAUCGCGAGCAGCAGUGGUCGCAGCGGAAGAGGAGUGCUCCCUUUGCCGUAAGGUUCGAACGCAACCUACGGCUUCUCCAUCUGGAUUUGUCUACUGUUACGAUUGCUUGCUUCGGUAUGUAAGGAAGCACGGCGUAUGCCCAGCCACCAACAUGCAAUGUACGGAGGCGAAUUUUGUUCGAAUAUACGAGCCCUGGCUAUAGGCCGAGUCGACCGACGAGGUAAUUUUGGACAAGAAGUCGUGGAAUUGAUGUUUGCUCCUUUCCUUGAGCUGGCUAAGACGCGGCUACUCGCAUUGCCAUCGAGCCACGUAUGGAAAUGGACGCAGCACUGUUUUUCACAAAACUAUGCACAUUGUUUCCAUCAACCCAUCGCUUUCUAUAGCCUUCACUUCCUUUAGUGACGGAAAUGCUUAUGUAAAAACAUGCCUAAUGCUAU